AUGAUAACAAAAUCAGGAGGAGAAUAUCCGUACCUCAUGGAAGCCUUUGGCCCAAUCCCUGCGUAUUUGUUUUCCUGGGCAAGUCUUAUCGUCAUCAAGCCCAGUUCCUUUGCCAUUAUUUGCCUCAGCUUUGCUGAGUACACAGCAGCUCCAUUUUAUCCGGGUUGUGACCCCCCCACAGUUGUCAUCAAGUGUCUGGCAACAGCAGCCCUCGGUGAGUAUUUGGCUUUUGAUCAGGAAGACAAAGGUAGCUGGAACUGUGAGUUAGUGACCUAAAACCAAAUGCAUACAGAGAUAACGGCAAAUAAUAGGCUUCCUUUUACACCGGUGCAAAUUUGUGGGUUAAUUUGGCACAAGCUGGAGGCAGCUGCUGCAUAACAGAAGCGAAGAGACUCUGCUAGGUAUCACAGGACCCUGGUUCAAAUUUCAUCUCUGCCAUGACCCCAUGUGAAGCCUAGGUCUCCCUUUUUGGGAACUUGGGAAUACUUAUAUAUGGCUCCUGCCAACGCCAGGGCAAGUAGAUAAAUAGGUGCCGCUGCAGCGGGAAGGUAAAUGGCGUUUCUGUGCACUCUGGUUUCCAUCACGGUUUCCCGUUGUGACAGAAGCGGUUUAGUCAUGCUGGCCACAGGACCUGGAAAAGCUGUCUCUGGACAAACACUGACUCUCUCAGCCUGAAAGUGAGAUGAGUGCUGUGCCCCAUAGUUUCCUUUGACUGGACUUAACCUUCCACAGAUCCUUUACCUUACCUGUAAAGAGGGCACAUGAUGAUGAGUGAAAUGGUUUGAACACUUUGAAUGCAGAGGAACAUAUGAAGCUACCACACAGCUGGUCAGUUUAUUUGUCCUUCUAGCCCAUUAUUGGCUACUCUGAGUGGCAGGAAAAUGAACUGGGAAGGCAGAUUCCAGGGGUACAGAAGCUUAUUUGUUGUGGUGACAUUUCUCGUGAACCUUCCACCCUUUCCUUUCUCUUAGUUACAAUUACUCUGGUGAAUGCCCUGAGUGUGAAGUGGGCGAGCUACGUACAGAACUUUUUUGCUGUGGCUAAAAUGGUGAUUGUCAUAAUUAUCAUUGUAAGUGGGAUUGUUCUUCUAGCCCAAGGUAUGUUAUGUUGAAGUCUUAGUUGCAGUAUCUAUCUAUCAUCUAUCUAUCUAUCUAUCUAUCUAUCUAUCUAUCAUGUAUCUUUUUAAUAUCACCUUCCUUGUAAAUAAAUUAAAAGCUGUUUAUGACAUACAUUAAAGAUAAGUCUCAAGUUUCUAAAAAGUCACAUUCCGUUUCAAUAUGUUUGAACAUCUAGCAUAAAAUAAUCUAUGGGUAAGUGCCCUUUGUGAAGUGGUGGUGGACCACAAAAAUGGGGAAGGGGUCAAGGAGGGUCAGUUGGGUGGUGGGUGAUCAAUGUACAUCUUAUUUUCCUUUGAGGAAUGAAUCUGGAAGAUAUGAUACCAAAACCACAAAAGGUCCAGUGGCAUCUUAGGCAAACAGAUUUAUCAGGGUGGGUGGGAGUUUUCACGGACUCUGAGCCAAGUUCCUCAGAUGCAAGUAAUGACAUGUUUCACUUUCCCUCCCCCAGGAAAUACAAAGAACUUCAACAAUUCGUUUGAUGGUCCCCCACUUUCUGUGGGUACCAUUAGUCUUGCAUUUUAUAAUGGACUCUGGGCCUAUGAUGGAUGGUAAUAUAAUUUUAUGACUGUCAUUAGCAGUUCAUGUCUUAUUUUGAUCUGUCUUUACUGCACUUUAACAAACAUGAAAGCAUUGGCACCUGAAGUCUUGCUGAAGAAUCACACCUGGAAAUAGUGUAGGGUGGGGAAUACUAAUUCUAAACUUAUGGUGACUUCCUGGUAGGCAUGAAAGGAGACAGAGCCCACCCACUUUUGUGGGGGAGAGCUAAGCAGACCAAGUGAAACUUGCUACCACAUGAUACAGUGAUGGCCAAUAGCUGAGAUGGCUUUUGAAGGCACCAACAAUAUCAGCUAGUCUUAGGUUGUUUGAAAAAGGAGUUAACAGCAUCUUAAGGUUAGAAGCACUACUUAGAGCCAGUUCAUAGGCACAAUAAAAUCUCUAAUCCAGUAGGUCUCUCCAGAUGUUUCCAUAGGUCGGUGUGUGUGUGUGUUGUCUUGAUGGUUGCUUCUCAUAUGGGAGGUGAAUGGAUGCCAGGUAUUAUAAAAGGAGGAAGGACUCAUAUUUGUUAAGGGCAUAUUUUUUUCCCUGAAGUAGUAAGGCUGUGUCUGGGCUGUAGUAUUUCAGAUGGCAGAUGGCAGCUCCUUCGUACUCAAUCCUCAGAAUAGACCCCUACACAUAGAAAAGAGCAUGUCACAGAAAAACAUAAUUGAGAAGCUUUUCCUUUUGUUCAGGAUAGCUAUAUGCAGGGCAUCAGGCUACCAAAGGCUGAUCUAAUGUAUGUUUUAAUGUACAAAGGAUUAUUUUUGCACAGAACAGGUGCAUAUAUUCUUGCUUGUUUAUUGAUACUUGCUGUUACUGUUGAAAGCCAUACUGGGCACUUGCUUCUGUGCAAAUGCAGAACACAAAUCAAAAUAGGACAUUUUCUACUUGGUUCUGUGAAAUGUCUCAUGUUGCUGUUGUUGGUAGUUGAAAGGGAAUUAUAAUUUCAGUAAAAAUAUGGUUUGCCACCAAGACUUACAUCCCAUAACUCUUUUAUCUGGAAAUUAAAUUCCACUGGGUUCAAGAGGGUUUCCUCCCAAAAAUGUGCAGGAUGCAAAGUAACAUUUUGGUACUUCUCCCCCCCCCCAUCCCUUCCAGGAAUCAACUUAAUUAUAUCACAGAGGAACUUAAAGAUCCUUAUAGGUAAGAAAAGUGCUGCAUCAGCUGACAGAACACCAUUUCUUUUUCCUCCUCCCUCACAGUCCCAUUGAAACAAGGAUUUCUAACCUGCCAUUCAGGGUACAGCCCUCCUCAGGCAGUGUGCAAAAAGUUUCACAAAGCAACAAUAAAAUCCAAUAAGCUGUUUUCUGAAACCAGGCCCAUGUCAGUGAACUGCAUCUAUACAGUCAGGAGGAAAUACUGUAUUUUUCCGUGUAUAAGCUGCCCCAUGUAUAAGAUGCCCCCUACUUUUUGGGACCCCAAAUUUAGAAAAUGGGCAUAUGCACUAUCCGUGUGUAAGAUGCCCCUAGAUUUGUAACCUUAUUUUAAAGUGAAAAAACUCUAGUCUUAUACACAGAAAAGUACUGUUCCAAGUCAUUUUGUUUCCUGAGGCAAAGGACAAGAUGGUUGCCACCUGCGGAAGCUGACUAGAUUGGCUGUUUUAGUCUGACAGUGCCCUUCAGAACCACCCAAGAUGGGAGAGGCUGUGUGGCACACCCAGCUCUAUCCUCCACCAGGGGGGAAAUGCCUGGGAACCCUGGAGGAACUGCCUCUGGCCACCAGCAUCUGCCACCCAAGGCAGUUGCCUCACUCUACCUAGUGGUAGAGAUGGCCCUGCAACCACCAACAACUGAGUGAAAUUAAAAGUCUAAAUACACAGCUGUUUAAAGCCAAACUAGAUGUAAUGUUUAAAUGUACAGAUUCAAUUAAUAUACAUAUAUCUUAUGAUGUUAAUGACCAGCAUCCAUGGGGGUGGGGUGGGGGCUGGUGCUUCCCCCUUAACCCUCCUCCCUCCCCAACUGCUUUGUCCUGCUGACCCUCCCAUCCAAGCUGCUAUUUACAUUGGGAAGGAAGCUCCUCCUCUGGUUCUGCUUGUGUGCCCACUCAUCUUGUAUUCUUAUGUUCUCAAUGCAAAUAUCAUUGCUGGAAGUUGGGUAGGGUGGGGGUGUUAAUCAGGACCAUAGGGUGGCAGAUGUCAUCUUAGAAGAUGUGUUAUUGUCACUCAAAUAAGAGACAAUGCUCAUUAUUUAAAAUUUGACAAUUCCCCCCUUUAGAAUUGUUCGGAUGCAAAUUUAUAUAGAAACCUAAAUGGUAAAUGAACUAAUAUUUCUUUAAUUGUGUAAAAACUUGGAUGUGUAACUGAUUGCAUAUCUCUUUAUAUUAUCUAGAAAUCUACCACUCUCUAUUGUUAUUGGAAUCCCUCUGGUCACAGUUUGUUACGUUCUGAUCAAUAUAUCCUAUUUCACGGUUAUGACGUCAACAGAACUUCUGCAGUCUCCAGCUGUCGCUGUGGUGAGUCCAAGUGGGGAAAUGUGUUGUUUUUCACCUCUGUACAAUUCACAGAGGAUGUUUUGAUACAAACAGCAGAACAAGAGUGGAAGUGGUUUAAGUAACACAAGGGAAAAUUUGUUCUCUAAAAAGUUGUGCAAGCUUUUUACUAAGUAUGUUUAAUUACUGCUGUAUCGUCACGUGUCCAGUUGGUUGACCUCUAGGUUUUAAAGAUGUGCAUUAUUUCAAUUCCUUCCAUCACAGACAUUUGGAGACAGGGUUCUUUAUCCUGCUUCCUGGAUAGUCCCUCUCUUUGUGGCUUUUUCUACCAUCGGGGCAGCCAAUGGGACUUGCUUUACUGCUGGAAGGUAA